CGUGGGUUAUCUCGCGAGCGCACCGGUCCGCUCGACAACCGACUCCGAAGUCGCCGCCGCGGGUUCAGCAGAUACGCGUGUGCACACACGCCGUCGCCGCCGCCGCCGCCGCAGACGCACACAGGACGACGUCACGUUCUAUACCUGCGACGGACCGCGAACAGCGCACGGUACACGUUCAGUGUUGUUGUUUCUCGUCGAAACCGCGGUAUACUCGGUCGCGACAAAUAUAUCACGCGCCGGUCGCAGCCAGUGGCCACCACUGCGAGACACCACGCACCCGCCGCCGCCGAUUCCCGCGAGUAUACCCAGUAUAUUUUUCAAAUUGAUUUUGUUGUGGCACAACUGAAAGAAAAAAUUCAUUUGACGUCUAACGAACAAUACAGCUCAGGAGGUGCAUUAUACGUCACUGAAUUAGUGAUUGUUUAGAUUUGACUUGGUUACCUAAGUUUUGAAGAUGACGACGCCUGUUUUUGUCUCGUCGAGGGUAAGGGAAAACGCAUCGAAUAAUAACGGGCAAUUCAAUCGUGCGUCUCAACGGAUAUUCAUCACACCGGCGGCAGCGGCAGCGGCACCGGAUACUGCCAGUACCAAAGGGAAGACUAAUCAUGCGACAACACAGGCUAACAUGAACUCGGCCGAUUUAAUGGAGUCAGACGAGAGUAAAAAACUAGGGCCAAAAAAUCGGAGCCAGCAAUUUUAUUCCAAACAAGAUAUUGUGGAACAAUACUGCCUAAGCGAUAAGCAAUUACAAGUAUUAAACAGGGUUAGACAGCCUCCAGCAUUGUUUGGAUGCAUAUCCAGUCACAGAGAGUCUUCUUGUGGUGCUAGAAGCUCGCCGAAUCUGUUGACCGCCUGCGUUCGACGUCGAAUACCCAGCGAUGAAAACCUCCAGGACCUGUACAAACGACUGCCCGCAGACUGCGCUCCGUAUUCGCGGUGGUCGAGAUACCAUCACUGCCAUCCUGACGUAUUCCCCGUGCAUCACUGCCACCAAUCGGACCUUGCUGAAGCACCGCCACCGCCACUGUGUCAACGAUCGCCGGCUAUCAGACGUCACAAAUGUUGGCCUCCCGAAGACGAAGGCUGUCCACACAGGACGUGUCAUCCGACGUGCCACGGACGGUCUGGCGGAUUCGAUUGUCCCGAAUUCCAUCCAUGUACGCCUCAUUAUUUACCUCCUCCACCCCCUCCGCCAGCACCGCCACAAUCUACUUCCAGAAUGAGACAUGUCAGUUUUGCCAGGUCACAUACUGUGACCUCAUUCGACAAUGUUUCUUUAAAAUCAGCCAACAGUAGCAAAUCGUUAGAAAGGUUAAUUGAUGGUAGAAAAACUCCAGAACCUGUUUGCCCGGUCGAGUCUCCAAAAAUAAUUGUAUUAGAAAAGAUAAAAAGAGCACAAAAAGUGCAAGCUACGCAAACAGACUGUGCACGAGAUACAGGUCCAGCAACGGCGCAUAAAAUUAAAUCAGUAACAAAAAAAAAUGUACAACAAAAUGAGAUACCAAAAUCAAUUAUUAGACCAUCAGAACCACCUUACAGUAAUGAGAUAUUAAUUGACUUUGAGCCAAAAGAUCCUCCAUAUCGGAAGCAAAACAAAACUAUCUUACACAAAACCGUGUCAGAUGGUGAAAUUCUAAUUGGCGAGAUAGCAAGAUGUAGAAGUCGAGAAGAUGUAGAAGCAUCAGUAUCUGACGGUGAACAAUGCUACAAAAAUUUAGUAGCUGCUUCUUGUACUGUUGAAGGUUCUUUGGAAGAUUUUCACGAAAAUGAAAGCAUUCUGUGUGAAGGAAUUUAUAAGUCUAAAAGUAGUGUUUGUUUAUCUGAGUCACCAAAUAAAUGUAGAACAAAAACGCCAUCGUCUUCGAAUGAUCAAGAUCCAAGUGAUCUAUCUCAAACUACUGUAUUGCAGUUUGAAAAUUCAUCCAAGAAAAUAAAAUUAAAAGAAGAUAACUUAUGUGAUGUAGUACAAAAGAAAAUAAUAAGAUAUACCGAUCUUCCGUUGAAGUCUUCAGACCUAAUUGAACAAGGAAAUAGUCAAAACACUUUAGAAAAUAAUUGUCCAACGGUAGUAGAGCCGUCUGAAGUUUCAACUUCUACUGAAGAUUAUGUGACAGCUACAGAUAGUACUUCUUACACUACUACCCCAACACAAGGUCCAUCAGUUACAAGUAGUUCAUUCGACAGUGAAUCUUCAAAAUACAGUUUGCCUCAUCCUAUUUUUGAUCAUGACAUGACGAUUGAUCCAACUGAUCCAAUUGAUGAAGAACUCGGAGAUGGCGAAGACUCAAGUGAUGAUGAAAGCAGUACGUCAGGAAGGUCCAUACCAAAAACCAAAUUGAAGACUUUAGAAGAAUCAAACAAGUUGAAUAAUCCAGAUCUAAUAUCAAGUAACCGCGUAACAGCAAAAUGCCAUACAGAUGAUACUAAUUCAAAUUUAAUUAAGAAAUUGAUGGGCAACGGUUUUGCGACUAAAAUAUCAUUACCUGUCUAUUCUUCUGAUGAGUCUUCGAAAGCUCCAGAGCGGCGCAGAAGGCCAAGUCCUAGACGAAAAAGUAUAGGAGCUGUAACAUUAAUUAACUCUAUUGAUAAGAAACCAUCGGUAGUAAAUAAACCAGAAAAACGAAGAGAAUCACUUCCUGAAAUUCUUAGAAAACCACAAAUAAAUCUAGAUAUUAUGGAAAAAUCAAAAACUGAAUUUAAUCUAGAAGACAAACCUAAAUGUUUAUCGCAAACAAAGUCGUCUCAGAUUAAUUAUUUAUCUCAAAUAAAUAAUUUAAACUUGAAAACAGUGAGCGCAGAAUCUCUACGAUCUAUUAGCCCGGGAAGUGAUUCAGUUUUCUACAGUGAUCCGUGCAGUAAAAUAUCAUUGUCUAGAUGUACACGAUGUAAUACCGAAGUUGAUGCAGAUUAUAUUAAUAAUUCAAAUAGCGAUGUCAUUAAUAUUGUUAAGCCGCCGGAAGGUUUUGGGGAUUCUCCAGAAGAACCCCCUACAACGCCUAUAAAAAGAUCGACAAAACGAUAUCGUUCAGAAGAAAGAAGACGAAACACUAGGUCAGAACAAACUCGAGCUAAAUCUGAAGAAAGGGUAAAACAUAUAAAUGAAAAAGGGAGGCCAAUGACUAGAUCAACCAAUGUAAGUAUGGAAAGAUUAAAUGGAAGUAGUUCUAGCCUUCAUUCAGACGAUGAUGAUUGGUCAGGAAUAUAUACAACACCGUUUACGUCUUUUUCAUGGGUAUACAUAGAUGAAAUAGAAGAGUUCUAUGUAUGGAAAAAGCCUUCGGAUUUGCCAGAUAUAAAAUGUUCACCCGAAUUAAAACGAAGAGAUUCCAUUGAAUCUACAUGUUCAGAACACGAGUUUCGGGUAAAAUAUCAAACAAUCACGCACAGAAUGGUACACAGAAAAUCGAGUUUAGAAAUGUUCAAACGAAUCGCUUCAAAAUCUUUUGAUAGCGACGAACGUUUAAUGGUAAAACGUGAAUCUGGAGAAUUCGGUUUUCGUAUUCAUGGGGCUAAACCGGUCGUAGUGUCUGCAAUUGAAACGGGAACGGCUGCAGAAAACUCUGGUCUCCAAGUGGGAGACAUAAUUAUCAGCAUCAAUGACAUGUGUGUACUCGACGCGUCACACUCGGAAUUUGUCAAUGUCGCACAUAGUGGUUCUGAUGUCUUGGAAUUGGAAGUCGCCAGGACUUGUGAUAUCUUAACGCCAGUGAUCAAUCCAUCCGAAAUCGAAAACCGCAUCGUUAUAGCCAGUAAACUGUGGAAAUUUAGCAUUGGAACGAAAAAAAUGAAAAACUGUUGGCAGCCUAGAUAUUUUUGUCUCAAGACGGACAAUUGUCUCUACUACUAUAAAUCUGCAUCUUUGAAGCGAGACAGACAUCCACUAGGAGCACUUAAUCUUAAAGGGUUCACUGUGAUGCAGACAUCGGACACGGGAAGGAUGUUCAGCUUCCGACUGGAAAGAAAGGAUCACAAGAAAACAAGGUUACACAUAGCAGCGAACAGUGCAGAAAACGCGGAUCGCUGGAUCGGAGCGCUCAAUGAAGCUACCAAAUGUGCAUCGAUGGAAUGGCUCAACGAGGACAACUUAAAAUCCGUGGUCACCAUCGAUCCGCAAUCGGACUGCCAGGGUUUUCUCUCCACGUUGGUUCACCACUGUGGAAAAUCGUGGAAAAAAUAUUACUGCGUUCUUAAAGGUGCUAGGCUGUAUUUUUUCGUAGACAGCGUAACCCGAUUUGCCAACGGAAUGGCUUGUCUCCACGGUUACAAAGUGCAAAGUUCCGUUAACGCUAGCGUAAGGAAAUUUGCGUUCGAGCUUAUACCGCCCGAUCUGUCAUUUCGAUAUUUUUAUUUUUACACGGACACCGAAGUAGACAAAAGAAGAUGGAUAGCUGCUCUAGAGUAUAGCAUAGACCGUUGGAUAAACGUUUCAUGAUAAUAUAUUGGGUUCAACAAGUUUUCGUCAGAUCAAUUCCAAUAAUGUCAGAAAUAUGAAGCUAGCUUGUGAUAUCAUUCUUACAUUUAUAUUUGGACCAUUACAACAUAAACAGCGUAAAAAGAUUUACUUUUAAAUAUUUCAAUAUAUUUAAAUCGAUAUAUUCAUUAUUUUUAGUUUAAGAUUAAUAAACAUAUAAUUUUAUCUAUACAUUAAAAUUAUAUUUACAUAGAUAG